CUUAUUCUGCCGCAGUUUUCAAAAUUCAGAAACAGAAAGAAAGAGUUAAGCUUGUGCAACACAGUAAUGGAGGGCACAGAGACAGAAAGAAAAGGUGAAAUGAAUGCCCAAAAGAUAGAAAACCUGUUGAAGCCAUUCAGCAAAGAGCAAAUGUUUGAAAUUCUCAGUCAUGCUGUUAGCAAUUACCCCUCUUUGUUAGAGUACACAGAAAAACUUGCUGAAAAGAAUCCUGCCCACAGAAAGGUUUUUGUUAGCGGCCUGGCUCCAAAAACCACCUCACAGAAUCUGAAAUUCAUAUUUUCUGUAUAUGGAGAAGUGGAAGAAUGUAAGGUGGUGAUAGAGAGGGACAAUGGCAGAUCAAAAGGGUAUGCAUUUGUUACUUACAAGCACAUGGAGGGCUUUAAGAGAGCCCUCAAAAACCCCUGCCUGAUAAUUGAUUCCAGAAAAGUUGUAUGUCAGGUUUGUUGUGAAGAAAAUGAAUUUGUUGAGCCAGUGGCAGUUACUGAACGAAUGAUUUAUGUAAGAAAUGUCCCAGGUUGCAUGGAUGAUGAAAUGCUUCUCACCUUGUUUUCAAGCUAUGGAGAAAUAGAAGCAGGGCCCAUAAGAUUUGAUAGGGUUACAAGGCAUGCUCUGUUCAUUUGUGUGACUGUUGAGGGUGCCCGGAAUGCCAUUGUUAACACUCUGCAGGGAGCCCGGAAAGGCCUUGUUCACACUCAAAUGUUGCUCAGACUGCAAGUAACAAUGCCAGCACACCAUGAGUUUUGUCAGCUGCAGAGUUCAAAUUGGAGACCAAAUCGUUCAAAUGGGAGGAGACCUCAGUUUGGGUUUUUACCAGAUAGUGAUCUAAGCUUGGGUCUUUUGUCAAUUCCCCAUAAUGACUCACCAAACGUUGACAGUGUAGUAAAUAAAAUCAGAGAACUUGGUGGCACCUUGACAGAUGAAGACAUAAUUGAGAAGAUUCUGAUGUCUUUAUCAGAAAGCUACAAUGAUAAGACAUCUGCUAUUGAAGAAAUCUAUGAUCCGAAGAAGUUUACUAGGGAACAACUAUAUGGAACCUUGUCUACAUUUGAGAUAAGGAAGUUUGGAAAAGAAAAAGCUAAACCUGAGACUGCCUUUAAAGCCUCUGAGGAAGAUACGGAAGAUGAAAUAUUGGAUGAGAUGGAAGAAAAUUUUCAAUUAUCCCCUUCUGUUAAGAGUCUUGCCCAUAGAAAUCUUUUUGUUAGCGGCCUUGGUCCAAACGCCACCUCAGAGACUUUGAAAUAUAUAUUUUCUCUAUACGGUGAGCUUGAAGAAUGUAAGGCGGUCAUAGACAGAGACAGUGGGAGAUCAAAAGGCUAUGCAUUUGUUACUUACAAGCACAUGGAGGGCUUAAAGCGAGCCCUUAGAGACCCCUGCCAGAGAAUUGAUUCUAGAUAUCACCUUGGCAUGAUAUUCCAUUGCAAUUGGGGGAUGGAGUUUUCAACUUUAUAGCUGAAAUACCAAAAGAGUCAAGUGCGAAGAUGGAAGUGCCAGCUAAUGAGCCAUACACAAGCUUCAUUACUACCUCCAUGGUGUGCCCCCAUUGAUUGCAUUGAGAAAUUCAUGACUUCAGUGGAGGCCAGAGUCAUCUCCAGUGGCCAUUCUGCAGAACAUUUGAUGCCCAUCAAGAGUCUUCAAUGGAUUAUCAAGGGCAUUCCUGGCUCCCUCAACAGUCACAUAAAUGAACAGAGCAUGCCCCGUCUGCACAUCAUAUUUUAUGGGUCCUGGCUCCAGUUAUUCAUAGCUUGAAAAGAAGAUGAGAAGCCUAUCAUCAUGCAUGCAAAGUGGGACAUUUCUUACAUACAGCAUGGCUGACAUCUGCUCUUUGCUAAAUGGCUUCAACUGGUUUUCUAUCUUUUGGAGAUCCAUUUCCCCUUCACCCUUUCUUUCAUUUCUGGGGCAUUCUUGUGCCUUGCUUUUUGUAUCUGGAUUUUGUAAAUUGCAAAUGAAUAAUGUCAGAUCUCUAUUUAUUGCAUAUGGUUCAAACGUAUUAGUGUACUAGACAAUCAACAUAUUGCUAACAUUGUUAAUUGCUCUUAUUCAAAAGAAGAAUUAUGAUAUUAUUCUUAAA